AUGACGAAGUUGUGCGCGGGACCCCGGCGGUUUACCACAAGGCACCGGAUGAAAGACACGAUUGCGCUCCUGCUGGUCUUCUUAUCCUUCAACCACCUGAUAGCAUUAUGCAUACUGGGGCUUUUUGCCGCGGCUUCCAGCUCGGAAGGGUUUCUCACCGAAUGUGUCAGUCAGCUUUACUGGCGAUGGUACGGGCGCCCCGGUAAAAAUGGCGCGCUGUCUAUAUUUGGGUUUACCUUGCGAAAGCCACAUUUGGAGCGUGUCAAGAACGCGAAGCGCGCUCCUGGUGCGUUGGCUGAAAGCGUGCCGACCCGACCGGCACCGGGUUCGCCAGCUAUGCUGCCCAAGCGAGCGUUGCUAGCACUAGAGUUGUUCAUGGCCUGGAUGCUGCAGAGGUUUGGGCGCCAUCAUUUUAAGGUUCCUGUCGAGAACCUGGCGAUGUCAAUAGUUGCAUCUUCAUUGGUGAACGACCGGGGUGAGCUUUUGAGCUACGCAACCACGUGCUCAGUAACGUAUGCGGUUACCACCAGAAUCGUGUGGCACAUUGGGGUAUACUACAAGUGGCCGUACCUGUUCCGCCUUUUUCCUGCCGAAGGUGAGGCCAUAGAGAAGCAUCUUGCACCACCAUAUACGCACGUUGGGAGUGCUUCUGCGUCCACAUUUGAGCAUUAUAUUCUUCUCCUGAAGUACAUCAUUUCAUUUCAUGUCGUGGCGUGGCAGUUCUAUGCAAGUAUCAGCAGACGUCCAACACCAACGCCGUCUCUACUAAAUGUCAAGCCGUUGCGUAUGGAUAGCGCUGGCCGCUUUGCGCUGAACCCCGCCUCAGAAUCAAAAGCCAAUAGUGCCGAGCAAAGCACUGUCACAGGGGGACCUUGCCACGAAAAACCCAUCGUCACUGCGGCAAGCCAAAAUUCGCUCACCGUGAGUGAUGGUUCCUGUGAUAGCCCUCGCCUAUCCUCGCAUCUUUUACAAAACCCUCUCACCAAUGCGGAAAUAAAUCAGGAUUCUUCGGUGUCUCUAGUCCCUACGUUUACUGACAGGGUUGUCGAUUUCAAUACAUCAGCCAUUACCACCACUGGUGUCGCGAACUUUGACGAGAAGGCGAAAGUGGCUGCCACUGCUGAGCAUAAAGAAGACUCAACGGAAACACCUGGCCUUUUUGCGUAUUAUACUGAAGUAUUUUUAACGCGUGCGGCAAACGAAGAGUCAGGAUUCUCUUCCGAAUUGGAUACCUGCAUUUCCCGUGUCAAUCAAUUCAAUUUGAUUCAGAAGCUUCUUCGGGCUAAAGAUCGUUUCGUUCUCCCUCCAUUGUGGGCAACAUUUACCGUGUUGAAAGUUCUUUUCUUGCGCAAUAUCUUUUGGGAGCGCUUACCACCUGCCCUGGGCCCUCGUAAACCCUCGCCAAGGCAGAGCGUCAUUCUUAAACCACAAGAACUGCCUGCAAAUGAAGAGUACUACUCCGACUAUAAGAAGCUCCAGCUGGUAGCUCCCGCUCCAACGGAGUCUACAGUGUGCAUUACUGAGAUCGGAAAAACCACGGCCACAUUUUCUGUUUCUAAUAUGGCUAGGGGAGAGCUCCUGGUUCUGGUCAACGAGUUGCUUUGGCCGUAUUUUUCCUCGGCGGUCACGGACAACUCCACCUCCCGGCUGUGCGUUGUCAUCAACGGAUUGGUCCCUGCAUGUACCUACGCCAUCCAAUUCGUCAACCGGAUCGACGGUGUUGGCGACCAUCUCUUCGCAGAUGUUCUUCUACAGACAGAGGACAAGGACGGCACGAAGCGUUCUGAACAGGCCCCUGUCACGUUUGAGUGCCGCCCCAUCCUAUCGCCGUUGAUGACCCUAAAAAGGUCGGUGCUAUACACAAACGCCCGCCUCGCGGAGGAACGUGCAAAGCUGAAGAAGGCGAAGAAGGAGACAGCCCGGAAAAUCAACGCGCUGCGGCAGGAUGUGGACCACAUGAAGAGCAAGAUCGAGUCCAACUCUUCGCAAGACGAGAAGUCCACCUUCAAGAUCGACAACCUGAAGACCGUGCUGCAUAAAAACGAGGACCAAAUCCUCGCCCUCGAAGCGUCCCUGGCCGCCAUACACGACGAGCAGACUGCCCUGGAAACCGAGUACCUCAGAUCGAAGGAGAACCGGCUCCAGAGAAGAAGCGAAUACGACGAGCUCGACGCGACUUUCAAGCGCGACAUCCUGUCCGCGCACGAGCGCCUGUCCAAGCUGCAGAGCGACCUGGAACAGCUGCACGCCAAGCGGGAAAGGCUGCUGCUCAGAAAGGAACGGCUGCAGAACGAUCUCGGGCAGUACACCCAGGAGUGCGACAAGUUCCGGGAGCAGUUCCUCCGCCGCCGCGAACGCGCGCGCGCGGACAAGCGCCAGCGCCACCUCCAGGAGGCCGACGAGCUGGAACUGAAGGCCAAGGGCCUCGAGCAGGACAUCAGCCGCCUGGAAGCAGAAAACAAGGCCAUGGCGCGCUUGAUCCGCCCUGCGGAAUACUAG